AUGGCUCACUCACCAUCACCAGGCUGUUUCUCCUACAGGCUGCUGGUUUUCUGGUUAAUAGUAACUGUGGCAGAAGGUCAAAGAAACAGAUAUAACCCCUUUGGAGUAACAGAGCCGAAUGUUAAUCCUACAGACUGUCAAAUCUUUACCCUCACUCCUCCCCCUGCUACCCGGCCUCCAGUAACAACCUCCAGGCCAGUCACUUUCACAACCAGAUGGUGCCGUUUUCCUCCUUUCAGAAAACCCGGAAUACCCUUUGGCUUCCCCUACCAUCCUUUUAGACGUCCAAACUUCGCUCACCAUCCAAACUUCCCGCCUCACAUCCAUUGCAAUCACCCAUUCUCACAUCAGGCUCGGAAAGGAUUCCACCUUCACUACUUCCCCAGAAGGCAAUCCUCAAGAGACAGCUCAUCAGAGGAAUACAGAAGGAAAAGAGAAGUCCCUGCCCUUCUGAAGCGGAUAUGA